AAGAGGAGGAGGAGGAGGGGUCGGAGCGAUUUUUUUUUUUUUUUUUUUUAAUUUUUAAAUUUUUAUUUUAUUUUAUUUUCCCCCCCUCUUUUCCGCGCGAGUUCGCAGCCAUGAAUCCCAACUGUGCGCGCUGCGGGAAGAUCGUGUAUCCCACGGAGAAGGUGAACUGCCUGGAUAAGUUCUGGCACAAAUCGUGUUUCCACUGCGAGACGUGCAAGAUGACGCUGAACAUGAAGAACUACAAGGGCUACGAGAAGAAGCCGUACUGCAACGCACACUACCCGAAGCAGUCCUUCACCAUGGUGGCAGACACGCCCGAGAACCUGCGCCUGAAGCAGCAGAGCGAGCUCCAGAGCCAGAUCCGCUACAAGGAGGAGUUUGAGAAGAACAAGGGCAAAGGUUUCAGCGUGGUGGCCGACACCCCGGAGCUGCAGAGGAUCAGGAAGACUCAGGAUCAGAUCAGCAACAUCAAGUACCACGAGGAGUUCGAGCGGAGCCGGAUGGGGCCCAGCCCGGGCGAGGGCUCGGAGCCGGAGCGCCGCAAUUCCCAGGAGAGCGGCGGCUACCGGAGAGCGGAGCAGCAGCAGCAGCAGCAGCACGGGCAGCCCGGAGCCACGGUUUUCCAGCAGCAGCAGCAGCCGCCUCCAUCCCAAUCCUACGGUUACAAGGAGCCGGCGGCUCCGGGCUCGUCCCAGCGCAACGCCCCGGCCGGAGGGGGGAAGCGUUUCCGCGCCGUCUACGACUACAGCGCGGCGGACGAGGACGAGGUGUCCUUCCAGGACGGGGACACCAUCAUCAACGUGCAGCAGAUCGACGACGGCUGGAUGUACGGCACGGUGGAGCGCACGGGCGACACGGGGAUGCUCCCGGCCAACUACGUGGAGGCCAUCUGAGCCCGAGUCCCACCUCCGGGGGGUGGAUCCCUGCUCCCGGCCCUCCCGGAGCCCGCGGCGAUCCCGGGAAGGGGAGGGCGAGGCCGCGCCAGGACCAAAUUCCCGCCGUGGGGUGGGGGGGGCUCAGGGCUGGGCUGGGCUGGCAGCACCCCCUGCUCCCCCUGCUCGGGCUCAUCCCGAGGCUGAUCCCGGCUCCCCUGCACAGCUUCCCUCCAGUCUCUGCUCCCCUCAGCCCUCGAGUCCCGUGAAAUGCCCCCAGAUCCAUGAAAUGUCCCCAGAACCUCUCUCUCCUGGGGAUUUCGGCUCCGGGGUUCAGCCCAGCCCCAGGCUCUGGCUGCUCCUGCCCCCGGCUCCGCUUUGUCCCGAUCCCGGCAGGGGAGGAGCAGCCCCGGGGCUUUUCCUGGGGGCGGCUGGGCUGAACCCCCUGGAACUGGGAUCAGCCCCCCUGGAACUGGGAUCAGCACCCUGGAACUGGGAUCAGCCCCCCUGGAACUGGGAUGAGCCCCCUGGAACUGGGAUCAGCCCCCUGGAACUGGGAUCAGUCCCCCUGGAACUGGGAUCAGCCCCCUGGAACUGGGAUCAGCCCCCCUGGAACUGGGAUGAGCCCCCUGGAACUGGGAUCAGCCCCCUGGAACUGGGAUCAGUCCCCCUGGAACUGGGAUCAGCCCCCUGGAACUGGGAUCAGCCCCCCUGGAACUGGGAUCAGCACCCCUGGAACUGGGAUCAGCCCCCUGGAACUGGGAUCAAUCCCCCUGGAACUGGGAUGAGCUCUCCCAGACUGGGCUGGGCUGAACCCCCUGGAACUGGGAUCAGUCCCCCUGGAACUGGGAUCAAUCCCCCUGGAACUGGGAUCAGGCCCCUAGAGCAGAGAUCAACGCCCCUGGAGCCGGGAUGAGCCCCUGGAACUGGGAUGAGCUCUCCCAGACCGGGAUGAGCUCUCCCAGACUGGGAUCAGCUCCCCUGGAACUGGGAUCAGCCCCCCUGGAACUGGGAUGAGCUCUCCCAGACCGGGAUGAGCUCUCCCAGACUGGGAUCAGCCCCCCUGGAACUGGGAUCAGCCCCCCUGGAACUGGGAUCAGCUCUCCCAGACUGGGAUCAGCUCCCCUGGAACUGGGAUGAGCUCUCCCAGACCGGGAUGAGCCCCCCGCGGCUCCAGCUCACCCCAGGCCGGGUUCUGGGAGUCUCCUGGGGGAAUUUUCCCCCCACCCCGAAUUUUCCUGCUUUUCUCCUGCUGCCGCCGCCCCGGGCCCACCCCGGGUGCUUGUCCCCAGGGUGCCAGGGCCACCCUUGAGCCACCCCGAGCCACCCUUGAGCCACCCUUGAGCCCCCCUUGAGCCACCCCCCGUCCCCAGCGCUGGUGGCAGCUCUGUGGGACAACUCCGGGAUCGCGUCACGGACCAAAAAAAAAAAAAAAUCCUCCAAAAAAAAAAAUCCCAUCCCCGUCCCCGUCCUCGCCCGGGGAGGGGUGGAACUGGCCCCGGGCCGGGCGGGAGGAGCAGGAAUCAGGAAUCGCUGCGGGGUGCCCGGAGCGGGACCCGGGCACGGCGGGGAUGCUCCCGAGGGCGGCGCCGCCUUCGCCAUUCCCAAGGGAAAAUUGGGAAUAAGGGACCAAAGCCGGGGAGGGGGGAAACAUUCCUUGUGUGCAAGGAGGGACAGGGACCCACGGGAGAAGGGACAGGGCCAAGGCCAGGGAGGGGCCGGUGCUAAAACAGGGAGCACAAGGAAUGGGGGGAUCCGAUCCUCUGCGAUCCUCCCCCUGCUGAAUCCUCUUCUUAAUUCUGGUCUGGGAAUUCGGGGCGGGAGCAUCAAUGUGAAUAAACCCUUUUUUAAUGGACCAAAUAACGCAGGAAAUUCCCUUUUAGGGAUACAGAUCUUUUUUUUUUAAAUCCUCCCCUCGUCAUCCCUAAAUUCUGCCCUCCCUUUCACCCCCCUCCCCGCCGUUGGAGACCUCUCACCGCUUGAUUUCUGCCUUUUCUCUCAACUUUAUGCACUUUUUUGCCUUUUUUUUGUUUGUUUUUCGUAGCUGAAAAAGCACCUAAACCUGUAUUUAAAAAUAAAUAAAUGAGUUUAAAAAAAAAGAAAACCAUAAAAACACAACACAAGGAAGAAGACCAAUUAAAAAAGCUGAUUAAUUGCUUCUCAUCACGUGUAAAAUAGACCUCGUCCAUCCCAGCUUCCCCGGUUGCGUCUCAGUGCUGAGCUUAGAACGUGUUUUUCCUCGGGAUCCGUCGCUUGAUUGGGGUUUUGUCCUUGUGUCCUCCUUCCUGGGUUGAGCACCCACCAGUAAAAAAAGAAAAAAAAAAAAAAAAAAAGUUAUUUGGCCUUUUUAUCCAAAAAAAAAAAAAAAAAAAGAAAACCCACGGAAUGGAACGAC